GUCCAGAGCCUAUAAGAGCAAGACUUUUGGGGAAAAUUGUCUCUCACUCUGUUUCUCUUGUGUUUUUUUUUCCUCGAUUUAUGUUGGUAUUGAAUUUCAUCAGAGAAUCCCUGAAUUCUUAACCUGCGGCUACCCUGUUUUGGUUCUAAUUUCCAGUCUGAUUUCAUAAUCCAUCUGAGUUGAUUCUACACAUCAGAUUAAAGCAAGACUUUGGGGCAUUCAAGGCCUCACAAGAGAGAUCUUCGACCAUGGUUUGAAGAGGAUCUGACUCCGAUCUGUUGCUAUUAAAAAUCAGUUUAUAUGCAUAGUUCCUGUUGUUGCUCGAACCUGCUGGGGAAGCCCAAAAUCGAUUUUGUUUUGUGCUUCAUAAUCGAGAUUGCUCGACCCUUAACAAGUGGAGUUUCUUUACUGUGAUCCAAGCUUCCUUCUGCAUCUAAAUUUUAUUAGAAGCCCUGAGAAGUCGGUUGAGUGUUUUGAGUGCUGACCAGAGACAGAGAGACCGUGUUCUAACUCAGAAGAGUCUGCUAGAUUUCUUUAUCUUUGAGAAGAAGAGAUGGGAGAACGGAAGGUUUUGAAUAAAUAUUACCCACCAGAUUUUGAUCCCUCAAAACUUCCUCGUAGGAGGCAGCAAAAGGACAAGCAGAUCAAAGUGCGUAUGAUGCUUCCCAUGAGUAUUCGUUGUAAUACUUGUGGGAACUAUAUAUAUAAGGGGACAAAGUUCAACUCGAGGAAAGAAGAUGUUAUUGGGGAGACGUAUUUGGGAAUCCAAAUAUUCCGGUUCUACUUCAAAUGCACCAAGUGCUCUGCUGAACUGACAAUGAAAACAGAUCCACAAAAUUCAGAUUAUGUUGUCGAGGCAGGUGCAACUCGCAAUUUUGAACCUUGGCGUGCAGAGGAUGAGGCAGCUGAAAAUGAGAAGUCGAGAAGGGAUGAAGAAGAGAAGGGAGAUGCUAUGAAAUCGUUAGAAAACAGAACUUUAGAUUCAAAAAGAGAGAUGGACAUUCUUGCAGCUCUGGAUGAAAUGAAGUCAAUGAAGUCUAGACAUGCAACCGUGAGUGUAGAUGCGAUGCUUGAGGCCUUACAACGCACAACUGAAGUAAAGGAGAAGAAAUUGGAAGAAGAGGAUGAAGAACUCAUAAAGUCAAUUUUUUCCCAGGGUUCGAAAGACUAUGUUAGAAGGAUCUAUGAUGACGACGAUGAUUAUGAUGAUUUAAAUCAGCUUUCAACUGAUGGUGGGACAUCAUCACAAGUUGAUUCCAAGAGGAGAAAAGUUUCUGAAGAAGUGGGGAAUCCGACAGAUUGGCUGAGAAAAGGCUGUACUUUUGAUAGCUUUAAUACUAAAGAAACUGUUGGUGAUUCCGAGGCCCCUAAGAAGGAUAAAUUCGUCUUCAAAACUCCUCUAGUCAGAAUUUCUGUUGUGAAGAAGCCUUUGCCACAACCUGCUGUAAAGAAUCCAGGGGAAGGCCUGAAGAAGCAAGAAGAGGAACCAAAAGUCAAUGAUACAAGCAAUGUACUCCAAUCGUUGUGUCAAGACUAUGGAAGUGAUGAAAGUGAGUAGCAAAAGAAGGAUUUUAUGCUCAUGAAGGCCCUUCAAAGAUGAAAUCAAAUGUUGAGUUAGUGAAUUUCUUUUUCUGUUCUUUCGUCAAGAACGAACCAUGUAACAUAAUUAUUCACAGUCAAGAUAGUUGUGAGAAUUUCGUUCUUCAA